GAAAUCAUCAUGCAGCGGCUGAACCGGGAGCUGAGCCGGCCAAGAAGCACACCAAGCAGGCAACCUCCGUCAUCACAGCAGCACGGUGACGGUGGUGGUGAAAGAGGCAGGGUAACAGAAGGCGAACAUUCUGUUGGAAGGAGCCGACUUGCUUGCCCACCACUGAAACGGGAAGCAACCCAGCACCCACUGCUGCGCAGCUCGCAUCGGGGCGGAGCGCACCCGCCAACACAGUCCAACAGAGCUCGGGUGGCUGCACCUCACGGUACGCAAUCACACACCGGAAGCAAAGCCAGCAACGCUGAUAAGGAUCGCGCACGCGACAGUGUGCAAUCGUUCACACGGUCCCACGCUCAAUCAACGGCAGUGGAAGCGCGAGUUGGACGCGGCGAGGUGGCUGAGGAGUCCAGCCUGCGAACACCACACCUGAUCUUGUGGGAGGUCAUCAACUCCUUGAUCGAAGACGUCGACUGGGAUUAUGUUGCGCUGUGCGUCGUCGGGGUGCUCCUCUCCGUUGUCAUUGUGAUGGCUCUCAACUACUUUGGUGGGCAGUAUGGCAUUCCGCUCAUUGAGGGCAGCGUGGCUGGCUUUGUUACACAGCAUAUUCCCGACAUCAUCAUUGCAGUCAUCGUGGCCGUGCCCAGCGUUGUGCUUAAGUUGUAUGCGGAUCACCAACAACGCAUGAGCAUCACAAACCUUGAGUUUAUCAAGUCCGUCAACUUUUCCAUCAACUGGCUCGAGUUUGAAGGGCGGCGACAAUUCCUCCGGUUUGCAACACUCAACGAAAUUCGGCUGGAAGAGCUUGUCCACGAGAAUGACAUCUUGGUGAAGGAAACGCUGAAAGAGGCUGCACGUGCUGAGCCAGAUCAGCCUGUGCUGUUCACUGUUGGGCGUGGUGCGGCUGCAAAAGCGCUCAAGAAGGCCGCACAGAACGUCAUCUCAAAACAGUAUUCUGAAGGACACGUGGACCGUGCCUUCAACAAACCUGUCGAGUCGCAUCGGCUAUGGAUUGCGUACACGUUUGAAACAGACCACCGCGUGCCGCAGCGAAAGAUCCGCGUCAUGCUGGCUUCCGAGUGCUUGCUCCAACGCAUCAUUCGGGACCCAACACCACCAGAAUUUGUGCGGCCAAGCCAUGCCCCUCGCUGGGAUACGUUAAAAUGCAUUGCUGACUUGUACAGGACCAACUCGUCUGCUUUGGCGCUCGUCACCAUCUACCGCCCGAGAACAUGAAUGUGUGCUCCCCCCCCCAUGCAUAGACUCUAAGACUCUAGCUAGGUUGAGGCCACUGAAUAUAUAUACACCUCUGUGCCAUGUGCAGAAGUGGGAAAUGAAUAGGAA